ACACAACACAACAUACAUACAUAGACGACGAUCAUGAUCAUGAUGAAGGUGCACGGCAUGGCAGGGGUUGUGCUGGCAGCAGCAAUGCUUCUGGCUGCAGUGGUGGCCGUGGCGGCGGCACCGCCACUUGUGCCGGUGACGGACAAGGACCUGGAGUCGGACGCCAGCAUGUGGGACCUAUACGAGAGGUGGUGCAGCGUGUAUGCUGGGUCGUCGGACCUCGCGGAGAAGCAGCGCAGGUUCGAUGCGUUCAAGAUGAACGCUAGGCAAAUCAACGAGUUCAACAAGAGGGAGGAUGAGUCGUACAAGCUCGCCCUCAACCAGUUCUCCGGCUUGACCGAGGAGGAGUUCAACAGCGGCAUGUACACCGGAGCCUUGCCUGAAUUAGACGCCGGCGGCAACAUCAGCAGCAGCGUUGGUACCAGUGGCAUGAGCAUGACCGACGACAACGACGAUAAGUUGCUCGUCUCCGCCGGCGGCAACGACGAUAAGGUGCCGGCCAAGUGGGACUGGAGACGCCACGGAGCUGUCACUCCAGUGAAGAACCAAGGACAAUGCGGGAGCUGUUGGGCUUUUUCAAUGGUGGGUUCUGUGGAGGGCAUCAACGCAAUCAAGACAGGGAAACUGCAGACACUGUCAGAGCAAGAGGUGCUCGACUGCUCCGGCGCCGGGACCUGUAAAGGUGGGAACACGUACAAGUCAUUCGAUCACGCCAUGAGGCCCGGAUUAGCCUUAGACCAUCAGGGGAAUCCUCCCUACUACCCUGCCUACGUUGCCGAGAAGAAAAAGUGCAGAUUCAACCCGAAUAAGCCUGUGGUGAAGAUCAACGGGAAGAGAAUGAUGAGAAACACCAACGAGGCAGAGUUGCUGUUGCGUGUGUCCAAGCAGCCGGUGUCUGUCGUCGUCGAAGCUAGCCAGGCCUUCAGUCGCUACAGCAAGGGUGUCUUCACGGGGCCUUGUGGGACAAAUCUAAACCACGCGGUCCUGGUCGUGGGCUACGGAACUACGCCCAACGGUAUCAACUACUGGAUUGUUAAGAACUCAUGGGGCAAAGGUUGGGGUGAAAAUGGCUACAUCCGAAUGAAGCGUAACGUGGGUACCAAAGCAGGUCUCUGUGGCAUAUACAUGAUGCCCAUGUACCCUAUCAAGAAUAAGUAAUUGACCGGCCAUGUCCGGUGCCACACUGCCACCUACUACUACUGCAGCCAGCAGAUGCAUGCUUAGUUGCUUAUGUACGUACACAAAUUCUACUCAUAAGAAAGAAAGAAAAAAA